UGCUCAUCUAAGGUGGUUAGCAUGGGUGUAGCUGCCAGCCAUCACGUGCAGAACCAAUAAUCAAUGUGUCAAGUUGUCAACUGUGAGGUAUACUCUUACUCUGGUUGGUCUUCUUGAUGUGGACCUCUGCUGGACUUAUCUCAUCACACUGAAUCCAGUCUCAUCACCUCUCCUCAUCUCUUCACCUCUCCUCAUCUCAUCACCCUGAAUCCUGUCUGUCCUUGAUCCUCUCUUCUCGUUCGGAAGGUUAUUCUCCCAAGAAGCUAGCAGCGUCCCUACAGAUCUUAAAGAAAUGACUAGCUUACAUGAUGAAUUGGAGAAGAAACUGCAAGAUCCAAAUGCAACACCAAUGUCUCUUCCACUAGAAUUUUUGAAAAUAAUCACAUGCGAUUUUUCCACCGAGUCAGAACUCGGUAGAGGUGGUUAUGGAGUGGUCUACAAGGGAGUUCUUCGGAGUGGGAAAAUUAUUGCUGUCAAGAAGCUGUUCGAAACACUUUUAAAACAUGAGGCGUUCCAGAAUGAGAUCAGUUUUCUUAUGGGGAUUAAGCACCAGAAUGUAGUGCAGUUUGUAGGUUACUGUGCAGAAUCAAAAUGGGAAGCGAUUGAGCAACCAAGUGGGAGUGGGAGACAUAUUUUGGCUGAAAUACAGAAAAGGUUGCUCUGCUUCGAAUAUGUAUCCAACAAAAGCCUCGACAGACAUAUUGCUGAUAGAUCUUUGGACCUUGAGUGGAAUAUUAGAUACAAGAUAAUCAUUGGGAUUUGCAACGGUUUGUAUUUCCUUCAUGAGGAAUGUCGUAUCAUUCAUUUAGACCUUAAGCCUGAAAAUAUAUUGAUGGACUCUAAUAUGAAUCCUAAAAUUGCGGAUUUUGGUCUAUCACGGCUCUUUAGGGAGCAACAAUCAAAAGUUUUCACUGAUAAUCGUGCGGGAACACGCGGAUAUAUGGCACCCGAAUACAUAAACCAAGGCCUAAUCACUAAGAGGGCAGACAUCUUCAGCCUGGGUGUUAUAAUAAUAGAGAUAGUCACAGGGCGUAGGGAAUAUCCAAAUUUCCAGCUCGAUAGUCCUGAGAGUACUGCUACAUCUUGCCAGCAUUUCACGGAGGAAGUACUUGGUAGUUGGAGGUAUAAAUUUGAAUCCAGAGUGAAGUUUAUAUCAAUGGAAAAAUAUAUCCAGCAAGUAAAGGAAUGUAUCAGCAUAGCCUUAAAAUGUGUGGACCCUGGUAUGGAGAAAAGACCUACAGUGAAGGAUGUAAUUCAAGUGCUUAACGCAGUAGACAAGGUGGAAGUGAGCAAAGAGUUGCCUUCAGAAAUGCAGUGCAUGGACAAGUCGCAGGUUCUAGACACUAAUGCAAGCAACGAACACAUACUGCACAGUAUCACUGAAGACAUGUCCAACAUUAAGACAGGUGAUACAGUGGGGGAAGUGAAGAAAUCCCAGGAUUGUUUGCUGCCAACGCCGUUGUGGACGUCAAGCACUAGCAGUCAGACUCAUCAAGAGGCAGCAAAGGAGUCUAGUGAGCCACAGCAAUCAAGUGACAAAACCAGUGAGCUAAUCCCGGACUCCAGCAUGAUUCUUGACAUCCACCCGCUUGAGCUCUGGUUUUUUUUUGAAAAAUAUAAGAUUAUCCCAUGCUCAUUUGACAUAACAAACAAUACAGAUGAAAAAAUGGCAUUUGCGCUUAAAGAGAAGAGCAGUGAAGAGACGUGCUUCUUAAGGAGAUGGCCAACGUUUGGCGUCGUGGACCCGAGGACCACUUACACUCUCGUACUGAUAAUGGAGAAACACUGGGAGCUACCACAACAAAGAAAUGUUGAUUUAAUCUUGCACACCAGUACAUACUGCGAAUCUUCUAGCGACGAAAAUACGUGCAUACAACAUUUUCAGAAUGCGGAACGGUUGGGGAUCACUGUGCAUCAGGUGACUCUAAAAUGUGUUUGUGCGCCUCCUCGAGGAGUGCCAAUAUUUGAGCAGCCAAUCCCACCUUCAAUAAAGAUCAUAUCGAUGGUAGAUUAUUCCACAUUUGGACGUAUGACCGAGUCCGUGGAUGCAAAUCAGACUGAGCCAUUGAUUGCAACAGCUGUUUAUACUGGGUAUGUUUACAUAUGGAACUGUGACACGCAGAAAUAUGUGGGUUCUAUUAAAAUCAAAGAGGCACAUACUGCAGUUCGGUCUUUUAAAUUUAUUGCACGUAACGGAUGGCUUGUGGUUGGAACUACCGAUGGUUUCAUCUGUGUGUACAAUUAUAAAAAGGAAAUGCAAGAAACGACGAGUUUCAAAGCGGGUGAUGAAGUGCAGUCACUAGCCAUUCAUCCAACCAAGUCAUUUGUGUUGUCAGCAUGUACUACUGGAAUAAAGCUUUGGGACUGGGACGGGGGAUGGUUCGGCUGGAAAUGCAUGCGAACUUUUCAGGAACACUCAGGCUCUGUCUGUGCAGUUGCAUUUAACCCAAAGGACCACAACAGUUUUGCUAGUGCAUCUCGAGAUUGCACAAUAAAGGUUUGGAGUCUUGAUUCUCCCAAUUCCAAGUAUACUCUAUAUGGGCAUUCUAGCUGCGUGUAUUCCCUGGAUUUCUUCACACGUGAUGGUCAGCAGUAUUUGAUUACUGGCUCAGGGGACAAGACUGCCAAGGUAUGGGACAUGCACAAGAAAGAGUGUGCCGGUACACUACCUCAUAACUCUGCAGUUAUGUAUGUCCUUUCCCAUCCCACACUUCCAGUUCUAGUAACAGGUACAGAACAUGGCCAUGUUCACUUGUGGAACUCCAUUACUUUCAGGCUCAAGAGAAUACUUGCCAUUGGGAGCCCUUCACGGGUUGAUGGUCUCGCAUGUUUCAAUGAGUCAGGAAGGGUUGUGGUUGCACAUGAUAUGGCACUAUCAGUGAUAGAAAUUCAGGAUGAAGAAGAACAAGGUGGUAGGACGACAUCGGCUUCAUUAAGCUCUUUAUGUGUCGAUCUGAUAAAGAACAAGGUAGCGAUGAUGAAGAAGAAGAACAAGUGGUAGCAGCGGCAAUGACAUCCCCUCUGUUAAGCUACAUACGAGAAGAAUAAGUGACCCGUAAGUUCGCGUCAUAGGUGUUUCCGCCACUACUGACCCGCUACCUGUAGCUUGGUCGACCGGUCGAGUUUGGGCAUGCAUUUUGUCACUCGGGUCAGUGUAGCGCUGAGGAGUGCCACGUCGAGGAGUGCUGUGUGGAAAGGAGUGCUGUGUGGAAAUACAAAGUACGUAAGGGCACGUACAAUGGGGUGACAUCAGCCUUCCCUUAGCUAAGAGAAAAGACAUUUUCUCCAUUGUACGACAUGUCUUCCCUUAGCAACGUAAUUUCCUACCAAUUUUAAUUGAUUACCAUUAAUUGUCAGGGAAGGCUAUAAGAGAUAACGCAUUGUAUGACUUAUAUCUAUUGUCAUCUCUAGAUGAUGUGGCGGCAUAAGGGAAGGCAUGCCUUCUCUACCAUUGUACAUGCCCUAAGAUCAACAUACAUUGACGUCGGUUGAUCUGCCGGGGUUUACCUUCAUUCUCGUCCAUGCAUGUGUGCACGCUAUAAAAAUUCCUUCUACAACAACUAGCGGCUCACCUCCACAAAGGAACGUCAGCGCAUCAAUAUACUCUCUUUUUUGAGAAUAGUGUA